CGUGAAAGGGACGAGAAAAGAGAAGAAGACACCCCAUUCCUGGCUAGAGCAGAUUGGGUCCAGUCCAUGGAACCUCUCUCUCGCACGCUCAUCCAAAGGAAGAGAAAGAGAGCCUUUUCGCUCUUCUACCCACCCACUCCUUCGCUGGCUCAGCCUCUCCCUUGAGCGUUUAGGAAAGGGGAACGGAGAGCUCGUGAAAAAACUCGAGUGCCUUCUUCGGGCCCUCCAGUCUACGUUGGAGAGCGGCAAUUGAGGCUCCCCAGCCUGGUCGACUUUCUCCCGGAUCGAUUCCGCCCGUCUCAAUCAAGUUCAAGCCUCACAUUGGUGGGACCACGGGGACCACGGGGACCACUCAAACCACUAGUCCGCAGUGAGGGAACGAGUAAUCCAUUGGAAAGUUGUCCUUUAUCCCGACCAAACGAGUCUGGGAGCGAGCCCACCAUCUGUGUUCGUGCCUUCCUGCCUGACUUGGGGAGGCCACCGUGGAUCUGCCUUGUUGCCCUUUGGGCGGAGGCUGUCGAGUGACCCGAUCCGACGCCACGGAAGGAAUGGAUGCCUCGGAUACCACGGGUCCAUGGUGGCGUGCUGCUUCCACCACUGACGGGAUAGUCUUGGCCGAAGGGCGCUGUUGAUGACAACGAGAACGACACACACGGUGACGGAAUAAUAAACGCCUUUUGACUGGCUCAUCGGACUUGGGUGGGACGAGCCGCUGGUGGGAUCGCUCGCUCACUCGCUCGCUCGCUCGCUCGCUUAGCCGCUCAACGUGCUCAAAAAAAUCAUCAUCCUCUUCUCCUCUUCCUCCUCGUUGUCCAGCCUUCUUUCCGAGUAAGCUAAGGAAAUCGACAGAAAGGGAGCCAAAGAGCAUUAUUGUCAGCCCACACGGAACGACGACGAUCCGAGGACCACCCCAGAAACCCGAGGAAAAGAAGGAGAGACAGAGAGAAAGAGAGGGAAGAGGUUGGAAGUGGAAGCAGCCCCCAUUGAGUGGAACAUCUUUGGAACUCGUUGAGCAUACAUGAGCCCUGGCGAGAACCACAGAUCAACCCACUUCACACACGGAUACCUUGAGAACCUGUACCAUCGGCAGGGUCAUGGGGGUGGAUUUGCCCGAGGUCGAGCGGCGUGGUGUCCGGAUGGAAUCUCAUUUAGCCCGGUGAAUGGAGCCUUUACCCCUCUCCACGUCGUCUUCGAGGUCGUCAGGGACCGGUUUUGUGGGGGGUGUCCCGCCUUCGGCCUCAGGGGUCGGAGGGUUUACCGGGAUUGCGAGUGGUGGAGGGUCUUCCGGUGGAUCAGAUCAUAAACUCAGCGCUAAGCUUGAAUCCUGGAGUGCUACAUUGGCCGGGGGAGGGCGUGGCGUCAUGAGGGCCGCAGCGGGAGGUUUGACUUUGAGAAGAGGCGAUUCGGCCGUAGGUACGGGUCCAGCCAAGACCUUGUCCAUUGCCGUGGUCGGACUUUCGGGGAGUGAAAAGGACAAAGGUUCGGUGGGAAUUGGCAAGUCGUGUCUAUGUAACCGAUUUAUCCAGCCCUUGGCCGACAAUUAUAGCGUGGAUCAUAUUUCGGUGUUUAGCCAGUCUGACUUCAGUGGGAGGGUGGUGAAUAAUGACCACUUCCUGUUUUGGGGUGACAUCCGAAAAUACAACGAGGAGGGCACAGAAUUUCACCUCCAAGUUGUGGAACAGACCGAGUUCAUCGAUGAUGCCUCGUUUCAACCGUUUCGAGCCUCGGGCAAGUCCGAGCCCUAUGUGAAACGAUGUUCCAACACCCGAUUGAAUUCUGCCGAGAAAUUGGCUUACAUCUGCAAAGAUCAGCUGGGACUCGAACGUGAAUAUGAGCAGAAGCUUUUGCCUGACGGGCGAUUUCUCGUGGAUGGAUUCCUAGUGUUGUUUGAUGUGAGCAUGGUGCCGAAUCGCAGUCCGGAGAGGCAGGUCGAGAUAACCUCGCAGAUCCUCAUGAAUGUGCUCAAGAGCAAGAAACCCGCCGUGAUCGUGGCCACCAAGUGCGACGAAGCCAACGAGAUCCUCGUGCGAGAACUCGAGCGAUUGGUCAAUCGGAAAGAGUUCAAGGCACUGAACAUUCCCGUGGUGGAAACAUCUAGUCAUGAGAACAUUAACGUGGAUCACGCCUUCUUCGCUUUGGCUCAGUUGAUCGACAAAUCUCGAGGUCGCUCUCGAAUCGUGUCCUAUAUGGAGGCUGCUCAUAUCCGUCGAGAAGUGCUGGAUUUCACCACCGAGGGUUAUGUGCGUCUCCUCAGGCAAGAGGUCAGGGAUUACGGGGCUUUGUGGGGAACAGCGCUAAAGAAAUUGUGCCAAUUUCAAGAAUAUCAGAACUACGUGAACGAGUUUGGCCGCGAGAGUGCCCAACGACUUUUCCGCCGUCAUGUGAAGAAGCUGAAAGACGAAUAUCUGGGGGAGAAAGUGCAGCGAUACUUUGAUUUGCUCCCGGAGGUUCUCCGGGAGAUGUUUCCCGACUUUGACACAUUGGGAGAAGGCUGUGAGCAUUUAGCACAUUAUGACCCUGGUCAUUGCUUGGGAUGUCGCUAUCUCCAAUUCCAAAGAACACCGCCUUGGGAUUGGGGAUUGGUGAAAGAACGCGUUCGUGAACAUCCAGACUUUCACCAUUUCUUCAUCGAGCAUCCCAACGAUACAACUUGGAUGGAGGCAGAUCUCUUUGAUGGCGAUGUGGCCGAAAACAGGAUUCCCUUCGAGAUUCUCGAAAUGCCAGACGCGGAAACCGUGUUCAAGAAUCAUCUCAACCAACUACACGUCCACCACAAAAUUCUAGAAUUACGCCACGAUUUCAAGAAGAUGCUGGAAGAUAUGGGCUGCGUCACCCCUGGGAAGUCAUUGAACGAACUGCGUGUCCUCUUUCUCGGGCGGGAAUGCUUCGAAAAUCUUCCAGAGAAGGAAAUUGUGGAAAUUUAAGAUCUCCAUCAACGAGAGCUCAUUCAAAAAGCCAAGAAAAACUUUCAGGAACUUCUAUUAGAAAGGGCAGAUCUCUUCUACCAAUUCAGAUCGAGUCCAGCCGGAACUGUGACUCAAGAUGAUAUUCUAGAUAUCACUGAGUCUCUUCAAGAAGAUUCCAGGUGGAAGGCCUUGGACCGGUUGGAUGCGGACCGAAAGUUAUUGCUUUUCCAACACUUGGGCUUUGUCCACUGUCCAAUUCGAGAGCAUUGUCCGGCGUUCCCUCACUGCACGGAUAGCUUGGUCGAGCGAAUUGUAGCCAAGAAGGCUCAAAGACCACCUUCCUGGUCAAGAACCAAUGACAACAACCAUCUUAAUUUGGUCAUCCUCGGGGUUGAAUCUCUGGCCUCUAACCUCGCCCUAUCUGUUCGGACAUUAUGUCAUGAUGACGAAUUUGAGCAUCAAGGCCAGGUGUUCUCCUUGGACUACCGAACCAUCAGUGGCGAUGUCUCAUUGCCAGAGAAUGCCUUCCGAACUCAGGACUUUCUUCCCCACGGUUGCUUCUGCACAUUUUCGGAUCCCAACAGCUUCGAAUACAUUCGGACUUCCCUAGAGAAAACCCUCCUCUCAAAUCUGGAACAGGAAGAUAGACUGCCGUUCCAAGGCCUUCCGUUAGUCAUUGUUUUUGGUCCUCGUGCCAAUUUAACUUUUAAAGAGUUGGAGACCUUGCGAGAGGAAGGCCAAGCUUUGGCUGAUAGUUUGCAAUGCCCUUUCAUUGAUGUUUGCCUUGAGGGCUCGCUCAAUCCGGAUGACGCCAAGGUGUUAUUCAAAGAUGUCUUGAUCGAAGAGUCAUUACGAGCCCUCAUCGAAAGCAUUAGACAACGAUCCGGAUUGCUCAACAUCUACAAGAGUGUGCCCAAUAAUGCCUCGGAGCCCGAUAUUAGAAUAAUUAUGUGUCUGUUGUGUGGGGACCCUUAUUCGGUGGAGAAUGUGCUGGGUCCGUUACUAAACCAACAGAACUGCUAUUUGUCAGGGGAAAGAAGUUUGGCCCUUGAGACUCAAUUGGGCGAUUCCAAACGAAAAGUGGAGGUCAUCCUCUCGUCCUAUCACAGCGUGAACGACUUUCAAGAUGAGCUGGUUCACGGGUUCAUCUUGGUCUACUCAACCAAGCGAAAGGCUUCCCUUGCUACCUUAAGUGCAUUUUCCAUGAAAAUUCCCCAGUCGCCCAUUCAAAUCUUGGCCGUUACAGAGGGGGCUAGUCAUCCGGGUGGAAUUGGAUUCUCCGCCUCGUCAGAAUUGGACUCACUUCUCAUCAAUGAGGGCAAUAAUCUCGCGGAUCGGCUUAACGCUCAUUUCAUGACAUCCACCUCAGCAAUCCAACAGAAAUCCUCGUUUUACACACCGUUCUUCAAAGAAGUGUUCGAAAAGAAAUCUGAGAUCGAGCGAGCUUUCUCUAUGGAUAGUUCCACUCGGCUUGACGAUUCUGGCGAAGGUACCUUGGAGAGGCCGAGGAGACAGCCUAUGCCGCCUCCAAGAAUUGAUUCCUACCGAAUGUACUCGCGGCCACCUGGCCCGCCUUCGAAUGCGUCUCGAUCCGGAUCUGGGUCUGAGAUCUACGAGCGUCUACAUGACGAGGACCGACUACCUUUGUCCGGAUCAGAAGACUCGGAUGUUUACAAUUCCAUGGAUCGGCCAAAUGGAAGUGGUCGUCCUAUCGUACCCGGAGCGGAGCAUUUAGUUAAACCCUCACAAGUCAAGAAUCGCAAGAAACAGCCGGCCGCUCUGACAGCCUUGGAAAUCGAAUCUCUUCCACUCCCACCGCGCCCAAGCUUCUUUAAACCAACUCCCUCGGCAUCUGUGGGGGUCCUUGAUCCAAUGAAUAGUGCCUCCCUCUCCCCGCCUACAUAUGCGCGAGUCUCAAAAGAAGAGAAACGUUUGUCGGCUCCUCAAACCCGUGUCCCUCCUCCUCCUUACGCCAUCAAGCAUGGCACACCUCCUCCUCUGCCGACAUCUCAGAGACCUCCCCUACCUUCUAGGAGCUUCGCUCAGGGCGCGGAGUUGAGUGGUGGAACAAGUGGGGCGUCACCCGCGUCUAAUGCGUUGCCCACCUUCUUUCCAAAUAAGGGGGAUCUCUUGGACGACUUCCCACCAGGGGCUGGUCCUUCCACACCCCCAGAACCUGCUCCCAUGGACCCGAGCAAUAGCUUUCGAGACCCUCGAGCGAACCCGAGUCGUUUUCGAGGGUCCUCAGGUGACCGACAGCCGAGUUCAAAUGGCGGUAACGGCAACACCAAUAACAAUAGCGGCAACAACAGCAACAACAGCCGUUUAGUCAAAGCGUCGACCAUGCCCUGCACGGGAAGCCACACGAGCUUAGAUGAUGCCGGAUCAUCAUGUUGGGUCGACGACUCCAUAUUCAUUCGACGCUCCGGACACGAGGACGAUUUUGCCAGUAAUGGAUCGUCAGUCAAUGCGGGUGCAUUUACCACCGGAAGGCGGGGUCGAGGUCCCCCGCCAGUCAAACCAAGAGCACAGUUACCAGGCAAGUUGAACAUGAACGACUUCCAAAAAGUCACCUCGGCCCUAUCAACAAUGCAAGUGGACGUUCCAAAACGAUCCCCCCGUACCUCGACCGGCUCUGCGCCCUUGGCCAGUGCCGAAGACGUGGAUCAACAGGGCUACGCCGUUCCCAGAGACACCCUGGCGGGCACACCGCAAGGGAGCGGAGCCGUGUACGCUCAGCCCGUGACGGAUGUGAGCAAUGGACGGGGUCAUUCCCGUACGUCUCAUCGCGAGCGUCGAGAACAGAUUGCUCUUCAACAUGAUGAAACUGAUUCUGAAUCUGACAGUUCGAGCGACGAGACUCGCUCUUCGGGAGCCACUCGAUCCAGAUCGAAUGGACAGAAGCGGCUUAGGAAGAAACGGAAUGCGGCCAUACCCGUGGCUAUGCCGACUGUUCCGUCUCUUCCUCCGGCGGCUGUCAGACCCCCGGUGGUUCCACCCGUUCUUCCAUCGUCCGAGAGAGUCUCGCCCCCUGAUCAUGAGAGAGCCACUUCUGCUAUGGAAUCUUCUUCCUAUCCUCUCUUGAUAUCUGAGUCAGACGAUGAUGACUCGUCUUCGAAUAACAAUACUAAUCAAAACGGCAAUGCCCCACCACCUCCAUACAUGCCCCCUCCUCAUCCUUCCCGCCACCCGCACCACCCUCCGCCUCCUUCAAGACGCCCACAACAGAGGUAUCGGCCACUAAGAACCACCUCGGCUAUCGGCUUGACAACCUCGGGUCCUCCCGGCGUUGCCAUUCCAGGUGGGAAUAAUGGGCCACCUGCCAAUCGGCCUCCCUCCGGGACCCGUCGAGGAACUCGAGGUUCUCGCGGUCCCAGAGCCAGCUCGGUGGGCAGGGCAAAUUCGGCUCCUUAUUAUCCCAAAUUCGAUGAAUCCGGAGCAUUUUCUCGCGAUGACACCUCUCCCAAGACCGACAAAGAGCUGGAGAAGCAAAGGAAGAAGUUUGACAAAGAGCUUAAACAACGGCAAAAGGAUGCUGAGCGGAGGAAGAUGAAAGACGAGAAGAGGCGUGUCAAGGAAGCGGAGAAACAAGAAAAACAAGAAGCCAAAGAUCGGAAGCGGGAGGCCAAAACCAAAAUGAAGGCCAACUCUGUGCAAUCGCAUGCCACUUUGGACGACUUUAGGACAUCACCAGAGAAUCCCUUACCCGAGUUCUUGGAGAAGGCCAUUCAAUUCAUUGAGAAAGAGGGACUCGAUGCUGAGGGGCUUUACCGAGUGCCCGGGAAUCGUGCUCAUGUUGAUCUGCUCUUCCAGCAGUUCGACGAAGAUCAUAAUAUUGAUAUAGUCGCCCUGGACAUCGCGGUGAAUGCCGUGGCGACCGCCGUGAAAGAUUUCUUUUUCAAACGUCUUCCUCCUAUUCUUGAUCCCGAGCAUAUGUCAGAGCUUGAAUCCAUAUCACUGAUGCAAGAUCGCAGUAUCAAAAUACUCGAGCUUGGGAAACUCCUGAAGCGCCUGCCUAAAACUAAUUUUGCGGUCCUCAAGUUCAUUUUCCAACAUUUUGUCAGAGUAACGGAGUUGAGCAAAGACAAUUGCAUGGAUAGUAAGAACUUGGCCAUUUGUUGGUGGCCCACCCUACUCCAGUAUGAAUUUGGCGAUCUCAACAAGUUUGAAUCAAUGAGGCCCCAUUUGGAAGACAUUGUUCAGACCAUGAUUGAUCAAUUCCGAUUCCUGUUCUGCGGCCAAGAAGAAGUCAUGAUGGUGUAAGGAAUCUCACUUAUUCUUUCUGUUUUGCUCUCGUUUCUGUGCCGCGGCCACAUCAGCCGGGGGUAUUUUUUCAAAAGACGACUACUACAACAAACCCUUCCAAUUCUUCGCCCGAUAGAGAUUGACGGACAAUGUGGCCAAGUUAACAAGUAAUACGUGAAGUGUUAUUUACCAUUUUCCCGUGAACCAUGCCAAGCAGAGAUCCAAUAAACAUUCUCUAUAUUCCCAGGAA